GACUGCAAAGCACAACAAAACAAUGCGGUAAUGUUUUGGCCCUGUUCUCGUAUCAAGUAUUCUCACACCCGCCCAAUGUCGACGCCUAGCCUGAAAAGCGUAGGUUGUGUGUGGAGUUGACGCUGCCCUAGAACAGAAUUUUAUGUUCGUUAUGGAUUAUUCUUGUGUGGGGUUCCUAGCAGUGUUCCACAGACGUAUUCUCGUCAACACAUAACCAUAACAGUACAGUGAACACAACUUCGCCAUAACUUUUUGUUAUCUUUUUGCCGAGAUUGACCCGCAUUGCUGUCAGCGGUGAUCACGUGUCUGUUGCUUACUGCCUGACUACCAUCACACAGCUCGGACCCUGCACGUGCCUGUUGAGUACUGCCUGACGGUCAAGACACCACUGUGAACUCCGAGCACCUACACAGCAACACACCACACCAGAGAACGGAUAACCAGGAGCGGGCCAUGGCCAAGGCCGCCCAGUUUGAGUCGGACUCGUUUGUUGGCCAGAAACCAGACAUGGCCCCUUCAAUGGCCCACUUGACCCUCAGUGAAGAGCUGUCAGGGUCCACCGUGUCCCUCAACAAGCGCAGCAUGGUGCUGGACGAGGACCGCUUCGAGGAGCAGUUCCUGCGCUGCAACAUCUGCCGCGACCGCUUCUGCAACGAGAUGCUGCCCAAGAUGCUCCCAUGCCACCACUCCUUCUGCCAGAGCUGCAUCGAGAAUUUGUUCCUCAUAGCCACUGAGCAACGGCAUAACUUCCAUGCCUCGAUCCGCCUGCCGAUAUCCGCCCCGGCUUCGGCUGUCAACGUCAGCUGCCCAACCUGCAGGUCAAACUUCAUCGCGACGGAUGAGAAUAUAAGAAAACUGCCCACUGACCACAGGGUUGUGCAGCUCAUGGACUUUGUCCACCACACUGAACGCUAUACGGUGACCUUCUGCUCAAAGCACAACAUCCAGCCGUUAAAUUUCUUCUGCGAGCCGUGUAUAAAACCAGUCUGCCGCGACUGCACGGUGCUUGACCACAAGGAAUCUGAAGGUCACCUGGUGAUGGACCUGGACGAGGCCAUGAACAAGUACAAGCCUGUUCUGGACAACGCCAUCAGCGAGAUGGACUCGGAGUGUAUCAUGAUAGACGAGAAAAGGAUCGUCUUGGACUCGGUGGUGAAAAAUUUAGAGAAAGUAAAAGCAGAUCUGCUGAUGGAGGUGAAGUCAUGCAUGGCAAAAAUGAGAGAGCUCAUCGAUGAACGGGAAAGAGUUCUCCAGGCUAAAAUCGAAUCAGAGACUGAAAUCGAGCAGGGGAAGCUUCUAGAAAAAUCUGAUCUCCUGGACAGUCGCAGAAAGGUGCUGGUGCAACAGGCGGACAGGCUGCGUCAAGCCAAGGCAGACAGUAAUGUGGAGGAGAUGUUCCGCAUACACCAGGAGGUCAGGGAGUACAGGGCGGGCCAGCCAAUCAAAAUCAGGGAGGUGGAUGACGGGUUAAUGACCUCGUUCCAGCUCAACACCAGGGACGAGCCCAUGCUGGCGUCACGCAUCAACAACUUUGGGGACGUGGUGACUAAGGUGGAGACCACUUCGUCCAGGAUCAAAACCACCAUGGGUAAACCUUAUAUAUACAGGUCCAGCUCAUACAGAUAAACAAAACAAAAAAAAUCAUCCUUAAAGUUUUUUUUUUAAUCUACAGUCUGUAGUUAUCUGAGGUUGAGGAAAUAAUUUUUUUUACAAGUAAGAGACUCAGGAAUUGAAACAUGAAAUUUUCUUUGAAUACAAAUUAUUUUUACAAUGAAUGGUGCAAUCUCAAACAGUAGGUAACAGAUUGAAAUUUUCUGUUAAUUUACCUUUUUUCUCAUUUCAUCAGACAUGCUAAAAAUGUAC